AACAAUGUCGGACGAAGAAGACGACCCGAUUGAACAUGAGAUUGAUGUGUACCUGUCCAAAAGUUUGUCAGAUAACUUGUUUCUGCUUCAGUACCCAAUCAGACCAGCCCAUUUGAAUUACGACAAAAUUGAACACUUAGCAGCUAGAGUUAAACCACAGCAGAAAAAGGUGGAAUUCGACUUAGCUGUCAACACUUCAAGUACCUACUAUGCAAAAAGUAAAGGUGAACAGAUUGCUCUCAAUGUUGAUGGAUCAUCAAGAGGGGAUCAAGGAGGGUUUUAUAGAAGUGAUAAGAUGGACAAGCAGAUCCUAACCUCAGCUCCUUGUUCUGGUGAUAUAGGACGAUAUGGUGUGGGUGUAUUUAAAGAGGGUGAGCUACAUUUAUCACCUCUCCAUGCUGUAGUGCAAAUGAGACCAUCAUUUAACUACUUAGACAAAGCAGAUGACAAAAUCAAAACAGAAGCUGCUGCAAGGGAAGCUGCAGGAGAUAUGUCUCAGGAUGAAGAAGAUGAAGCUAAGCCUGUAACUAUGAAGUUUGCUCGUCAAGAGACAGAGGAGGCCAAAGCCAGGAGAAUGAGAUCUUACGGAUAUCUACAGAAAAAGAGGAAUGAGGAAUCAUGGAUUCAUUUAGGAUAUCAUGGUGUAAAUUCUGAUUUAGCUGAAACAGAAAGGUCACAGUUACAUGCCAGCAAAGAGGAAGAGGUUUCUGAAUUCUGUGUCAAACCAGAUGAGUAUUUGAAGAUGUUGAUGCCACCCUCAAGUGAAACAGAGAGUGAAAAACCAGCCAUGCCAAGUAAUGUGUUGUCUCUUAUACAGUUACGUACAAUGCCACUUGCAGACCAAGUUAAAACAUUACUAACAAACGCCAAAGUUAUAACUUUUAGUCAGUUGAUAACAUUACUACCUCAGGGAACAGAUCCUGGUGCUGCAUUACGAUCACUUCAUCAAGUAGCUGUACUAGUACAAGGUUGUUGGGUUGUCAAGAGUGAAAUUCUGUACCCAAAGGAAGCCUGCAGUCCACAUAGUGGUGUUUCUGGAGAACAUCUGAGUAAGGGUAGAGAUUAUGUGAUGUGGAGAUUUACUCAGUCUAGAGUGGUUACAAGAAAAGAUAUAGCAUCUGUAGUCAAGUUGCCAGCAGAAGAUGUGAAGGACAUUCUUGAACAGAUGUCACGUAUCAGAGCCAACUGUGGAUGGGAAUUCUUGUUCCAGUAUGAUCAUGAUUUUGUUUCAAGGAAUCCUGAAAUAGUACACAGACAAAAAGCAUUCUGGGAUUCAAAGUAUCAGAUUUUAUGCAAACAGUUGAAAAUUCCAAAGGAACAUGAAAAGAAAUUUAAAGAUAAAGAUUCAGGUAUACCUGGUUUGGAUAAACCCACAAGGAGAAGGAGAAAUUCCUCAAAGGGAUCACCAAGGAGGAAAAGAACAUUGAGUGGCCGUUCUGUGUCAGAUCACAGUGACAUUGAACCAGAUAUCAAAAUGGACUCUGAAAAUAGUGCAGAUGAAGAUAUUCCUACUCAUCAUGAACCAAUGGAAGUAGCUGAAGUAAAUCAUGUGACUAAUGGAUCAAAUAUUCCGUCAUUAACUAAUUGUGAUAAAACAAUUUCUAAGCCAGUGUCUAAAAAAUUUGAUGAAAAGAGGACCGAGUUAUUGAAUUUUGUGUGUGAAAAACUACAAAGUAGAUUUAUUUUAAGUAUAAAUGAAUUAAGACGUUUGUUAAAUAUACGAUUGACACAAUGUUCAGCUGGAUAUAUAUUAAACUGUGAAAUUACUGAUCAAAUGUUAGAGGAAGCUUUAGAUGAAUCGGGUAGUCUAAAAUUAGAAAAUAUGUGGCCACCAGGGACACCAGAAGAAUCACUAUAUGCCUUAACUUUUACAAGUGAUAAACUGGAUCCAGUUAGAAAAGUUCUCCUGUCAAUGUUUACAACAACUUACAAGACAACACGAAAAAAUUUUAUAAAAAAAGUUAAAGAAGAGACAGAUAUUGAUUUAACAGAAAAUGAUGCAAAACUUUUAUUAAGUGAUUAUUGUAUCAAUAAAGGCAAGGGGGCUACAUGGUAUUUGAAAGGAACAUUAAUACCAGACUCAUGACAUCGUUGGAAAAGGAAUAAAAAUAGAUUAUGAUUUAUGCCAACGUGAUAAUUACAGGCUGUGUCCAGAUGAUCAACCAUCACAUCCUGUUUUGGCAAAAAGUUUGCUGUUUCAUGACUUUAUACCAGCACUUUGAUUUAAUUAUGUGGAAUCAUUGGGACAGAAAACAAAAAUCCAUGAUAUUGGCUGGCAAUAUUUUUUCCUAAGAAAUAAUAACUAAUUUCAUAUUUCUGUAUAUAUAAUGUAUGUCAAAUCUCAUUCAAAAGUGACACAAAUUGUUUUGUAGUGAUUGAUUCAUUGUUAAUUACUUCAAUGCUGGUACAUAUGAGGAGACUAAUGUGAUGAUUAAUAUAAGGAGGGAGAUGCCAAUUAGACACAUAUUCACCAAUGUCUAAAUGGUGUGGAUGUAAGCAAAUACAGGUCACUGGGCUACCUUCUGCAAUUCACAAAACCUAUUUCGCAUAGUCUGUUACAAAAGACCAGACAUGACAAAAUGUCAAACAAUUCAAACAAAAAACCAAUGCUCGAAUUUAUGACAAAAUAAAAAACCAUUAUCACAGACAGCAACUAACAACAACCACUGAUUUAUAGGCUCCUGAUUUGGGACAGGCACAUAAAGAAUGUGGAGAGGUUUAAAAACAUUUGUGUCGGCUCAACCUACUCUAACCUGGGACAGUGGUUUAACAGUACAAUAUAAGAAAAGACUAAAACUAUUUUGAUAAUUACUUGACCCAUCAUAUUGGCACAAAAUACAGCUUCUGGGGAUUCAUUUAUUUUCGUUGGAACCAGUUUUUGUAAAUCAUGUAGAUUGAGGAAAACUUAUACUCACAGUUACUGGAAGCUAGUUCAAAGCCAAUUACUGAAAUUGAGAAAUUAAUUCGUUCAUUUAUUAUUGGGAAUAACUAAUUAUGGGUACAAAUGUGAGAUCUAAUUAAUAUGUGUGCAAAAACUACUGAAAUGAUGAAAUUGCUAGCCUGAUACUGUCAUAGUUUGUACAUUGAUAAAACCAUCUAAACAAAUUCUGAAGGAAUAGUACAACUGAUAAAUAAUAUUCUCCAAGACUUUAGUAUCAAUCAGUUCACAUCCCUUAAGGUCAUGAACAGUCUGAGCAUGACCUUGUGUAAUGUCAAAAUAAACAUUCAUGUUGAAGUGUAGACAGGAAAUAGGACCAGACAUUUCCUUUAUAUGUCUCUGGUUUUCAUAACUGUAUAGCAAUACUUUUUAGUUAGAUAUUAGUAAAAUUGAAAACCUUCUUCAAGGGAUCAAUGAAUUUACAUUGGUUGUAUCCAAUAGUAUGCUACAAAAAUAAAGUGUGUACUGGAUUUGUUAUUUGACACACACUACUGAAAGGAUAAUAUAUAUGUGUCUUUAGCACUGCUCUUUUCCUAAAUGUGUACUGGAUAUCUAAAGAUUUUUGAUAAAAGGAAUCAAAUACUUUGAGAAUAGGGUCAAAUAUAAAGGUAGUACCAGUGACAUAUAAUACAACUAUAUAAGUCUCUGGUAAUAUACAGCCAAGUGUAUGGUAUACUGACAGAAAAUUUGCUUCUAGGAAAAAGACACUGUGAUGACUACAGACCAGACUGAUAAUUUGAACAAAAAAGGUCUGUAUUCUCAGUUCAUCUCUUCUUAAAACUAUCACAAAAAUAAGGAAGAGAUGUGUAUUUUCAAUUUUGCACCCAAAAAGAUAAUUGAUGUCUCAGAUACAUCAUAUCCUCUGUAUAGCAUCAAGAUGAUGAUUAUGCAUAAAGAUGCAGGUAUACAGAUUUUAGAUGAACAGAAUAAGGCAACCUUUUUGUCUACUUGCAGAUGUUUAUUAAACAUUUUGUCAAAAUUUUUACUGUGGACUGCAGUAAUGCUAGAUUUAGCUUACUUGACCAAAAGCUUGAUCCACCAUCACUUGUUGUCUGUCAUUGGCUGACAAAAACUUAACCUGAAUGUUCCUAAUGGCAUCUCGUUUGUAAAUAUAUAUUUGGUAUUGGAUCCAUCAACAAAAUGCUGUUGCUUAAAACAGAACAGAUGGGUCUGCAUAUAUUUUGGGGGUAAAAAUAGCAUGAAAUGCAUCAAAACCUUGUGUCACUAGCUACAUAAUUAUAUAUUCCAAGCCUCAUCUCUACUUUUGAGAGUUCACACAAUGUAAUGCAGUGAGGUGAACAUUCUUAGGAUUAUUAUUCAUGCCCAUGUCAAGCAAUUGAGUAUUUAUUUAUACUCGUAUAUUCAAGUUACAAAAUUGUGGUCAUUGUGUAUGAAUCUUUCUGUACUAUAAAAAAAAAAAGGGGGGGGGGGGGGGGGGUGUUCACGCUUAUGGACAUUGGAAGAUAACUCCAAUUCACCAUAUUGCCCAAAUGUUUCCAAUUGCAAUUAAUUGUAUGUCUGACUUGAAGUUAACAUUACAAAUUUAAAGCAAUCUUACCCUACAGUGCUAAUAAGCACUUUGAUUGGUUUAUGUCUUGAAAAACAAUAAUAGAUGGAGAAAAAACUAUCACAUCAAAACACUCUGGAGCCAUAUAUGUUUUCAUUUGUUUAUAAUUGUCAAUUGACUUCCUUUGAGAAAUAUUGCCCAUAAAUGAUGAUUUUUACCAAU